AUGACGAAACCUCGUCGCGGCGUCAAGUUCUCCCACCGCAACGGCCAUGCCGACGGCCGGCGCGCCAGCAUGAGCGAGGUCAGUGAGGACGGCUCCGGAUCGCCAGCCCGCGCCCGCUCCGGCGCGCAGCUGGGCGAGAUCAGCGAGAAGCCGGCCGAGCAGCCGCAGCAGUCUGACUACGAGAAGAAGAAGGCCAACUUCAUAACCCGCACCUUCUGGACCUUUGUCAUGAUCGCCGGCUUCUUCGCCGCCCUCUUCAUGGGCCACAUCUACAUCAUCUGCGUCAUCACCGCCAUCCAGAUCAUCUCCUUCAAGGAGGUCAUCGCCAUCGCCUCGGUGCCCUCGCGCGCCCGCCAGAUCAAUGCCACCAAGACCCUCAACUGGUACUGGCUGGCCACCACCAUGUACUUCCUCUACGGCGAGAGCGUCAUCUACUACUUCAAGCACAUCGUCCUGGUCGACAAGGUCCUGCUGCCCCUGGCCACCCACCACCGCUUCAUCAGCUUCAUCCUCUACGUCGUCGGCUUCGUCUUCUUCGUCGCCAGCCUCAAGGCCGGCCACCUCAAGUUCCAGUUCACCAACUUUGCCUGGACUCACAUGGCUCUGUACCUCAUUGUGGUCCAGGCCCACUUCAUCAUGAACAACGUCUUCGAGGGCAUGAUCUGGUUCUUCCUCCCGGCAUCGCUCGUCAUCACCAACGACAUCUUCGCCUACAUCUGCGGCAUCACCUUUGGCCGCACCCAGCUCAUCAAGCUGUCCCCCAAGAAGACAGUCGAGGGCUUCGUCGGCGCCUGGGUCAUGACCGUCAUCUUCGCCGUCUUCUUCACCAACCUGCUGAUGCGCAGCAAGUACUUCAUCUGCCCCGUCAACGACCUCGGCGCCAACAUCUUCACCGGCCUCGAGUGCGACCCGAACCCCGUCUUCCUGCCCCACACGUACAAGCUGGACCUCUACUUCUUGCCCGACCAGUGGAAGCAUACCUUCUCGCUCACGACCGAACCCGCCCAGUUCCACGCCAUCGUCAUCGCCACCUUUGCCUCCCUGAUCGCCCCGUUCGGCGGUUUCUUCGCAUCCGGCCUGAAGCGUACCUUUAAGAUCAAGGACUUUGGCGACUCCAUCCCCGGCCACGGUGGCAUGACGGAUCGCAUGGAUUGUCAGUUCAUCAUGGGCUGCUUCGCCUACAUGUACUUCCAUACCUUUAUCGCCCUCAACAAGGUUUCCUAUGGCCACGUCAUGGAGCUGGCCAUUACCGGCUUGACGGUGGAGGAGCAGAUCGAGCUCAUGAAGGGUAUGGGACAGUAUCUAGAAAACCAAGGAACAUGGGGUCCUUCGGUUGUGGCAUGUCUAGACUCCGCGUUUCCCGCCAAGAGGUAG